AUGUCGAACUACGGUUCGGAACGAAGUCCACUGGACCUUUCGCAUCAGGAUGUACUUCCGGCGUCGCAAUACCUUCAAGAACGAUUGCAAGAACGAAGAGCGAGGAGCACUCGACCGAAACGCGCACGACACACCGAUUUCGGUCCGCAACCAGGCCGCGACGAUGACAUAUUCCUCGACGAGGCAGAAACACACCGUCAGGCCCGGCGCUUCGACAGCUCGCCAGUGCUUCCGAGCGCAAGAGUGUCAGAUCUUGGUCACAGCAACAGCAGCGGUCGACGUCGAGCGCUGGGUACGAGAGACUUGGACGAUCAGUUGGAUCGCUUGAACAAGCAGAACUUUGCUCUGAAGCUGGAGAUCGACCAUCGUCGCGAUCACACGCACAAGCUGCAAGGGGAAUUGAACGCGAUGCGCGAGCAGGUCGAGCGGGCUGAAAGAAUGGAGGAGGAGCAUGCUGAGUUACUGCGCAUCAAUUCUCAGCUGGUGGAAGAGUUGGAGAAGCGGGACAAAGCUGUGGAGGAGGCCAUGGACAUAAUAUGUGAUCUGGAGGAGCGUGUGCACUAUGUGGAGGAAGCAGACAGUGUCACCAGGCCUUCUACUGCGCACGCCGAUUCAGGCUAUGCUGGCACAGAACUUCACGAUCAAGAUUCGCCGACGAACAAAUUCAAUGCGCACGCACGGACUCCGCAGAUCAAGCUCCGCGAGCCUUCACUACCUGCAUCCGCAGCUUCACAGAAGUUGCAAGGACUUUUGAUCGAUCAGACACCGGUGCGGCCUAAGAGGCGGCCGAACAUUCUGAGCCAGCAAAAGCCAAGUACACAAGCCUUGCGCAGUGUGUUCCUCGAGAAUGCUAGAGAACUUCACCCAGUCAAAAGCUUCCAGUCGCUGCUUUCCCGACAGGAAAGCAGACUGGACGACGAAGCGGACGAUACACUGAGCUCACCACGACUCAGUGUGCUGAGUGAGAGCAGCUUUCCAUCAAUCUACAGUCCGAAGCAGAACGUUAGCCCGGACCACUUUGCUUGGGAGAACACUGCCGAAGAGGAUUACCAUGCAUCGCCAACCAGAUCUCCCCUACACCCGCGCCAGGACAGCAUCAAGAGAGUCAGUCAGUGGAUGUCUGAGCACAACGCGGAUAGUCUCACUCCUUCCAAGUCGAACACUAUUUCGAAGCCCUUGCAGCAAGACGCCGAGACUUGCAUGCCGCCGCCAUCGAUACCACGGCCGGUCGCACCUGAGUCGCAUUACCAGUCGCUGAACGAUGCUUUGGCUGCAGUAUCGAUGAAGCCAUCCAUCAUCUCCGGCGACAGGUCGUCAUCCGGUGAAUCGCACGACAAAUUGAAGCGAAGGCCACACCACGGCCUACCACGACACUUUGGCCACGCUGGCAUGUCCCAUGGCGAGCCUCUCUUGCCGCCCACACCAGAUAGUGUCAGCACGAGAAUGCUGCGCAAUUCGAGAUCCAGCAUCCUUGACGGCAGAUCUUUACUAGACUUGACUCCAGCGCCAGUGAAAGGCUUUGACGCGCUCGAGCCCGGGCUUCGAACUGCACCCAAGCAGAUGAGAUCAUCCGUUGAACUGCGGACUGCAUUUGCCAGUAAUCUACAGCACCGGGAUCAGGCUCCUGAAGUACCAGACUUUGAUGUAAGCUCGGACGAUGAGGAGUACGGAGAUGUUGAUCGGCUGUCUGGAGGCGUGCUUGACUUUGGGAUUGAAUAUGAUUGUCCCGAUGGGAAGAGCAUCAAGAUGGGCACACCAAGCCGAUUUCUCAAGGGAUCGCAGUCGCCUCCAAACUUCGACGGGACCAGCAUGACGCCCCACGAUGAGAUCUUUUCACCGUUGAGAAAGCGGCAGUCCAGCGAAAAUAUCUCCUGGAGCGCUCCCGCCAAGCCACGAUUGUCACGAGUCGAGACUAGUCCGACGAUUUUCAGCACGUUCGGUCGAAUGGUCAGCGGUGGUGGCAAGGUACAGACGGCAGCGGAGUCCGUAAGAAGUCCGCGCUCUGCCCAUUCUGGAUCCUCUGGCAACCGAACCGUCGUUCCUAGCGACCAGCAGCAGGAGAUGAGGCAAACGUCUCCUGAUGUCGCGCAGGAUCGCUUGCGACUACACUCUGACGUGGUCUCGCCGAACCGCUCCCGAGCGUCGCCCUCUCCAGGCAGGUCUCUCGGGCUGAGAACCCAACGACUCUUCAGGCGCAUGAGCAGUAGCCACGGCAGCGACCGUGGGCAAUCACCUCUUCCAACCUUGACCACGACGCCGUCCUCUGCGUAUGCCGAUACCACUCCCAUCGAGACACGCAAUAAGACCGCACCGGGCACUCCUCGAUCUCCUUCCGCCGCCGGUCAAGAUCGCGUUGAGAAGGAGAAGCGAUCACUCUUUGGACGCAGCGAUAGCGUCAAAACUGCCGACAAAGCGAGGCCCGCGACGAGCAUGGAAACCCGGCGUAGAGGCAGCAUUAGAGAUGUUACAACCGACAAUGGACACACCUUUGACAUGUCCACAACCGAUCUGAACGAGAACAGUACAUCAGUCAUGCGCGAAACACAAGAAGCCAUUCACCCUACUCUCGACCUGGGAAUUUUCCAGCUUCCAGCUCCUAUCCUCCCCGUCUUCGCCUCGGCAGCAUUCCUCUACUACAAGAUCACCAAUCGUCAGCCAGCACAAAUUCGUCCACCAUGGCGUCAUCCUCCACCACAAGCCAUGAAAGUUACAGGAAUCCUCACAUCGACCUUCUACCUCACCACCUUCAUCUACAUGGCCACGAGCACGAUCCUCUCCCCGACCCAGAACCUAGCUGUCACCGCUCUCGCGACUGCCCACGUCUUCGCCUUGACAGUGCUGGAGGCUUGGCUCGCUCGAACCGUGAUACCACCGCGAGCAAUCGCCGCAGCAGGGUGGAUGUGCCUCGUGAUCGACAGUUUUAGUCCGCGAUCGACGGAAAGAACAAUCGCUGCGGUGGUAUUGUCUCUUCCUGCGGCGUGUGAGCUUAGUGUUGGCCGAGACAGCGGGCUGAGCAUGAGCGGUGCGCUGUUGCUCAUUAUUGCGCUGCGAGACGUCUUGCCGGAGCAGCUUGUUGAGACGGGAUGGUGGGUGGCUGUGCCGAUCUGCUCGGUGCUGGGGUCCCCGUAUGUGACUGCAUACUUGAACAGAUGGAGAACUGUUCGAUGGAUGUUUGCGAUUGUGGACGAUAUGCUGCAAGAGAUCGGCUACGUGUUCGCCGGGCUCGAGCUCCUCGUAGUCGGCUGCGCGACGUCCGGCUUCGCAUGCUCCUGUCUGGCUUGGUGGUGGGUAAUUUUCGACGGACGUACAUCACCACCUCUGUCCUCAACCGGUGCUUCGUUUGUUUUCGGCUUUUGCGUGUACAGUCCUGUAUGGUCGCUACUGGUGCUCUUGAGCCGCCGAGGAGGUGUCGGCAAUGGAGGUGAUCGUGAGGAAAGGUUGCAGAGAAGCUUGCACACCUGCGUUGAGGCGACUGGCUGGACGAUUGUGUUUUGCUCCGGUCUCUGGUUGGCAUUGCUGUUUAUGAAGGCAGUAGGUUACUGA